AAUCCGUCACCAUCAAUCUGUCAAAAAUGUCACCAAUGUUGUGAAAUAUAAACUUACACAAUUAUUCCACAAUUACAAGAAAUCGAUAGAUAUUUAUUUAAGCUUAUUAAGUCGCAAGCGGGCCGUAUUUUUGAUUAUUAAGAUGACGGAGGUAUUGCCAGCGGAGGAGGCGGUACAGGAUCGAGUGGAAACCAUUAUGAAAGGAUUUCAAGUUAACUGGAUGAAUCUCCGUGAUGCAGACUCAGGUAAAAUAAUGUGGCAGUACAACGAGGACAUGUCAAACCCAAACGUGGAGCAUGAGGCCAGGGUGCCCAAGCGCAUCUUGAAGUGCCGGGUGGUGUCCCGGGAGAUGAACUUCAGCUCUGUUGAGGCUCUGGAGCGGUUCCGGCUAGAACAGAAAGUGCUAUUCAAAGGGCGGUGCCUGGAGGAGUGGUUUUUCGAGUUCGGGUACGUGAUCCCCAACUCCACCAACACGUGGCAGUCCGUCAUAGAGUCCGCGCCCGAGUCGCAGAUGAUGCCCGCCAACGUGCUCAAUGGCAACGUGGUGAUUGAGACGAAAUUCUUCGAUGGAGACCUGUUACUCACCACGUCGCGAGUCCGUCUGUUCUACGUUUAGAUGCAUUUACUUUUAAUACCUAUGUAC